GCACAACACAUGAUUUUCCAGUUUUGUUUAUAUUUAUAAGACGUUCUCAAAAUAUUAAAAUAAAUGCGAUGCUACCGAGAUUAUUUAAAGCGGAUGACAUUCGCAAACACCAAAUAAAUACUUUAAAGAUAUUCAAUGAGAAUGUUACAGAAGUUAUUGAAAGUGAGGAGUAUGAUGUUCCUUUUAGUUCAGGAGGAAAUAACCUGUGCUUAAAAAUUUCUUUAGUAAAAGAAUUCCCUAGUGAGAAGCCUUUACUAAAAGUAGUUCCCUCAGUUAUUCAUCAUUGGAUAUCAGGGGAUGGAGAUAUCACUACAGCUCCUGGUUUACUCAAUUGGACAGUCCAUUCUGAUUUAGGAAGAGUUGUGCAAGCUAUCAUAAGGGAAUUCCAGAGGAAUCCACCUCCAUUAGUAAUUAGUCAUUCCAUAAAUAUGUCUCCUACAAGUCCAAUAAAUGGAGAAAUUAGAGCCAGUCCAGUAAAUUAUCAAACAUUUACAAACAUAAAGAAUUUCUCACCCCCCUCGCAUGCAACACAAUCUACUAGCUUUCAGAGUUUAGCAAUACCAGAUUUAUCUACUUUAAAUUUAGAAGAACUGAAAUUUUUAAGCGAGAAUCCAGAUAGACAAGAUGAAUUUAUAGAUGAGCUGCCACUGAUUAAAGAACAGAAUAAAGCAUUGGAUGAUAUAAUUCAACAGGUAGAAGAAAUGGCAGAAGGGAAUUUAUCUAGGGAAGACAAAUUACAGGAACUGCAAAAAUGUGUCGGCACUACAAUAGAAGAACUUGCUAAACUUGCCUUUGAAAAUGAAAGACUGCAUACCAUAUAUCAACAAUUAUAUGAUAAAUAUGCUCCAAGAAAUAUACAGGGACAGUUAAAAAUAGAGGCUGAAAAGGCGGAUAAAGAGAGUGAAAAAAUUGCAGAAUCUUUUUUAGGUGGCGAGACAGAUGUUGAUAAAUUUGUAAACGAUUUUAUUAGAAUUAAAACUUUAUCUCAAAGUCGAAAAACCAAAGAAGAAAAAUUAGGGCAGCAAUUGGAUAGAUUAGAAAAAGCUGGAUUUUAGAAUUUUGCAAUAAUCUAUUAUUAUGUAGGUAGAUUUUAUAAUAUAAAAUGUGAUAGAAUAUUUUGUUCGACUAAAUUAUUUUAAAAAUAAAAUAUAUAGAAUAA